CCCUUCUUGCCCUUUUUACCUCCACGUCCACCACGAUCUCUCCGGCUCCGUGGCCAUCUACAACUCCCCCUCGCGACUUGAUCUCGUUCCUGGUUUUCUCAGUCUUCCGGCCCUUACGGUCCGCCUUGCGUCAGAGGAACCCUUGCAACGUGACCUCCACUAGACACAUCCUCGUUUGGCCGCUGGAGACCGGAGCCCGCGCUCCCAACUAUAAUUCAAUUAAUCAAUAAACAACUGUUUAUUUCUCCGCCUGCCGCUGCCUGCCAGUGAUCGAAACGUUUUCCCCCCAAUAUCCGUCACGUUGACGCCUAGAAGCCCCCUUUCCGACAGCUCCGCCGAGGGUUUGCUUACCUGGGAUCCUCUCUGCUCGACUCCUCCACCCCUGUGAACCUUCUCGCCGUGACAAUUGACCCUUCUAGCGGACAUUCCCCCGAGUCUUGUGAGAGACUCGCCGCAGAGAUGAAUCCCACCCUUCCGUCAUGGAAGGAUCGAACGCAAAACCAGUUCGGGAAGCUUCAAAUCCAAGUACCAUGGCGCUCGAUCCAGCUCCUGGUCCCGCAUCGCAUGCGACGGAAAAUCCGCUCGAAGCUGAGGAGUAGGAUAUCUCCUACUUCCUCGAUAUCUUCGUUGCAAACCUCGUUCUCACCUGUGGACACGCUCCGGUCACUACAAAGCCAUCGGUGGACGACGUAUGACUUUCAAUAUUUGCUGUUAUUAAUCGUUGCGAUCUUCUCUUUGACGGUCAUUGAGUCGCCCGGGCCGCUAGGGAAGACCGCCAUGUUCACAAUGUACAUUGUCGCUCUUCUGCUCCCCAUCACUCGUCAGUUCUUUCUGCCGUUUCUUCCCAUUGCCGGGUGGCUCCUCUUUUUCUACGCAUGCCAAUUCAUUCCAAGCGAUUGGCGCCCUGCUAUCUGGGUCCGGGUGCUACCGGCCCUGGAGAACAUCCUGUACGGCGCCAACAUUAGCAACAUUCUGUCUGCUCAUCAGAGUGUUGUGCUCGAUGUGCUAGCCUGGCUUCCGUAUGGUAUUUGCCAUUACGGUGCUCCUUUCGUCGUAUCUCUCAUCAUGUUCGUUUUCGGCCCCCCCGGCACUGUGCCCAUCUUCGCGCGGACCUUCGGGUACAUCAGCAUGCUUGCAGUGACCAUUCAGCUGUUCUUUCCAUGCUCGCCGCCAUGGUACGAGAACCUGUAUGGUCUGGCGCCGGCCGACUAUUCGAUGCCCGGUAACCCAGCGGGUCUUGCUCGUAUCGAUAAGCUCUUCGGCAUCGACCUCUACACAUCCGGAUUUAGACAAUCUCCGGUCGUGUUUGGUGCGUUUCCAUCGCUGCACGCCGCUGAUUCGACUCUAGCCGCUCUCUUCAUGAGCCAAGUUUUUCCUCGCCUCAAGCCGUUGUUUGUGACUUACACCCUGUGGAUGUGGUGGGCCACGAUGUAUCUGUCUCACCACUAUGCGGUUGAUCUGGUUGGUGGCGGGCUUUUGGCCACAGUCGCUUUCUAUUUCGCAAAGACUCGGUUCAUGCCCCGCGUUCAAGCCGACAAGAUGUUCCGCUGGGACUACGACUACGUGGAAUUCGGGGAUUCAUCCCGGGGAUACGGCUACGACCUAGCUGACUACGAUGGCGACUUCAACCUCGACAGCGACGAGUGGACGGUUGGUUCUUCUUCCUCCGUCUCCUCCGGCUCCUCGAGUCCCGUGGAUGAUCAUUAUACCUGGGAGGGUGAGACUCUUGCCUCCCCUGCUUCCGACAUCGAGUCCGGAAGACAUAUGAUCAGCCCAUGA